AUGGGCGACCCUCAAUUCGCCAAAUAUCCCGACCUCCAGCUGUCACAGCACAUCUUCCAGCUCACGAAUCCCUCGGCCUCCAAACAAGCAAAACAGUCUGCCUUGAAGUCGGUCCAAGAUGCCAUCACCGAGAACAAGAUGGCGCCGCUCUACCGCUAUCUCGCUCAUCCCACCGAUGGCGUCCUGAAUGCAACAGGCGAGGGCAGCGCUGAGCAGCCGACCAAAAACCGGAGACCUUCAGCGAGCUUAGCGACUAUGCUCGCCACACGGAAUCCAUCAUUAGAGGUGCCCCUGUCAUGGGACGAGAAGCUAUACGAGAGCCUCAAGGCAGAUAGUGAGAAGGAGCUCGAGGCGAUACAAAAGGAGGAGGAAGAGGCCGAAGAGAAGGCAGGCGAGACCGAAGUGCAAGCUGCGCGGGGAAAGCGAGCAGAGCUCUACAACCGCAUAGGUGACAAGGACAAAGCCAUUGCCAGCUACGAGGCCAUCUUCGAGAAGACGGGCAUCCUAGGCACCAAGAUUGACCUCGUUCUUGCCAUAAUACGCGUGGCCCUCUUCUUCGGCGACAGGAUACUGGCAAAGAAGUCGAUUGACCGUGCCAGCGCACUGGUAGAGAGCGGUGGUGAUUGGGAUCGCCGCAACCGUCUCAAGGCCUACACUGGACUGCACUACCUCACCGUCCGAUCACACUCGCAAGCCGCGCCCCUUCUCCUCGACAGUCUGUCUACGUUCACAAGCUACGAGCUAUGCAGCUACUCGAACCUCGUCGUCUACGCCAUUCUUGCCGGCUCCGUGUCGCUUAAGCGUGUAGACUUCAAGUCAAAGGUGGUAGAUGCCCCAGAGAUCAAGGCCAUUGUUGGCACCUCAGAAGAGAAGCUCUCUGCCAUUACUGGGCAGACCUCGGCAGGACCCUCAGCCGGUGACGAAGAGAUGGCGGAUGCUUCAGGCUCAACAGCAACCCCAGUACCGACACUCGUCAACCUCACCACUCUCGGCGGCCAACAAGAGAAGGAGGUACCAGUAGACUUCACACCGCUGUCCAAGCUUGUCAAGAGCUUGUACGAGGGCGACUACAAGAGCUUCUUCGGCGCUCUGGGUGAGGUGGAGACCAACUUCCUCAGCCAGGACCGCUACAUGUACGAGCAUCGCGGCUGGUAUGUCCGUGAGAUGCGUCUGCGAGGAUACCAGCAGCUCCUGCAAUCAUACCGUGUUGUAGGUCUGGAGAGCAUGGCCAAGGACUUUGGCGUCACCGUCGACUUCCUCGACAAGGACCUUGCUCGAUUCAUCGCUGCGGACCGCAUACCCUGCACAAUCGACCGCGUCAAGGGCAUCAUUGAGACGAACCGACCCGACGACAAGAACAAGCAGUAUGCGGAUGUGGUCAAGCAGGGUGACCAGCUCAUCACCAAGCUACAGAAGUACGGCCAAGCCGUUAGGUUGAGGGGCAGUGAGCGUGGAUAGUUGUCUGGAAGCGGUGCAUGUGUAUGAUGUAGACUUAGACGAGACCAGGUCGAAUAUAGCUGAAUGAAAGCUGCAAGGCCCGCGUCGCAUUGCCAAAUACGCGUUUCGGCCAUAGCUCCGAUAUCCCCGCGUCGCAGCAUGCCGCCAUGAAUGUGCGGUGAGAUAAG